AUGGAGACAAUGUGGUAUUGGGAUCAAAAGGAAUAUGAGAACGCAAACAGUGCCACUGAUGACGAAAACUUGGUCGGCAUACAUGUGAUCACGACCGAGCGCGUCAAACGCAAUGUUAACCGCUUUCGUCGAAUUAAGAAAUUUUUGCGACACGUGAAGAACAUCGCGCUGCUCCUGUUGGCCGUAUUAACGUUGGCUGGUGGGACAUAUUUUAACAUCACAAAUAUUAUGAAGAAAAACAACAAUAACAGCCCGUACGACCCCUAA